AUGCCGCCCGUAGCGUACCCCUCGUUCUUUCUUGUUCUGCUCCAGGCAUGGCGUGCCGUGGGCUUGCCCCAGGGUAUCACGCCCUCCGUGCAGCCGAGCUGUUUCCCGACGACCACGACGGUCUAUGGCAUUCCAACCGCCGUUACCGACUUCGGUUCUUUCGUGUCGUCCAUGAAUAGCCUUUACUCGACUUCAGGCGUCCCCUUCUCCGGAACCAGGGUCCCGUUCUUCACCUCGGUCGUCCAGGUUUCCCCCGGAAAGCUGUACACGGGUUACGGGUAUUACGACUCGGAAGCACUCAAAAGUGCGGGCUAUAGCAUCAUCACUUCGGUCGUCACCACCACCACGUGUCCCACGUCGUCCUUGACGCCGACUCUGCCCCCGUCCCCAACCGGUUCUCUGUGCAGCCCGCACGGCGACCACUGGCACUGUGAGCCGUACCCAUCAAGCACACAAUCAUCGGCGGGAGAAUGCGAGCCCCAUGGAGAUCACUGGCACUGUCCUCCGGGCGUUCCCGAGCCUACCACGCCUCCGCCGGCUGAGACGACAACCACAUCAUCACCACCAGCCGGGGAGUGCGAGCCUCACGGCGACCAUUGGCACUGCCCCCCUGGUGUUCCUGAGCCUACCACCCCUCCUCCGGCCAACACACCCACCACCUCACCGCCCUUGGCCGGCGAGUGCGAGCCUCACGGCGACCAUUGGCAUUGCCCCUCCGGCGUCCCGGAGCCCACUACUCCACCAUCCAGCCCCUCAGCGGUGCCCACAAACCCGCCCACCCACGGCGAAUGUGAGCCCCACGGCGACCACUGGCACUGCCCGCCGGGUGUCCCCGAGCCCACCACACCCCCGGGUUCCACUCCAACCGACACCCCAGGAGACGGAAACAGCGGCGAAUGCGAACCCCACGGCGACCACUGGCAUUGCCCUCCCGGCGUGCCCGAGCCCACCACCCCGCCUGGCACCUCCCCCACCGAUGCCCCGGGCGGUGGUGGUGGAGAGGAAGGUGACGGCGGCGGCGAAUGUGAGCCGCACGGCGAUCACUGGCACUGUCCUGAUGGCGUGCCCGAGCCGACGACCCCGCCUGGUGGUGACGGCGGUGCAGCAGUGACUUCGGCGACUACGACGGCGCCGUCGGCUGUGGUGACGGCUGGUGGGGGACGGGUUGCCCAAAGCUACCUAUCCAGUGCUUCUGAACAAGGUAUCGGCGGCGCCCACACAGGUCUCAUUGGCAUGCGGCCAUGA